AUCGAUGGUUGCACGAUAUGUAAAGCCACGUCGCUCCGUGGCCUCGAUCACUGAACACAUCUAGAACUUCAGACAUCUGCAGCCAAAAUGACUGAAUCAUACCGACCCGGAGAAAAGCCUCUCGACGUGCUUAUUAUCGGAGCAGGUAUAUCUGGAAUCAACGCCGCCUACCACCUCAGGACAGAGCUACCACACUAUCACUUUGCUAUCCUAGAAGCCCGCGAUAAUAUAGGUGGGACCUGGGAUCUGUUUCGCUACCCCGGUAUACGGUCCGACUCGGAUCUUUACACAUUUGGCUUCUCCUGGCACAGAUGGAAUCGAUCGAACCCGAUCGCCGAGGGCGCUGAUAUCCUGGAGUACCUCGACGAUGCGGCCACCACCUAUCGCCUCAAGGACCACAUCCUCUUCAAUCACCGCGUCUCGUCGUUGGAAUGGGCCCAAAAUCAAUGGACAGCAGAAGUUCAACACGCCGGCGUCGACAAGACCAUCCACGCCCGGUUCAUCAUCUUCGCGACGGGCUACUACGACUACCACCAGCCCCUGACAACGGACAUCCCUGGUCUUGACCACUUCGAGGGCCGGGUCAUCCACCCGCAAUUCUGGCCCGAGUCCCUCGACUACACCGACAAGCGCAUCGUCGUCAUCGGCAGCGGUGCAACGGCAGUAACACUCAUCCCAAAGCUCGCCGAGCGCGCUGAGCUCGUAACAAUGCUCCAACGCAGCCCGUCUUACAUUGUCGCGGUGCCUAAUUCCUCACAAAACUCCUGGUGGGCGCGUCUCCUACCCAAGUCCUGCGUCUACUACAUCCGCCGAAUAUUCAGGCUCGUUUUCGGUCAGCUUUUCUUCCGCUUUUGCCGUGCUUUCCCAGGCUCCGCACGAGCAUUCCUUGAUCGCGGAGCGAGAUCCCAACUCCCCGCGGAUGUUCCCCUGAACCCGCACUUCAAGCCGCGCUACAACCCUUGGGAGCAGCGUCUCUGCGCCUCCCCAGAUGGGGAUUUCUUCAAGGCCCUCGCGUCCCGCAAGGCAGCUAUCCAAACAGAUACCAUUUCCACAGUCGACACCCACGGUAUUCGUCUCUCCAGCGGCACAUAUGUUCCCGCAGAUAUAAUCGUGACAGCCACAGGCCUCAGAAUGCAAAUCUGCGGCGGCAUCCCCCUCACCGUGAACGGAAAACCCCUCGACAUUCCCCAGAAAUUCAUGUGGAACGGCCUCAUGCUGCAGGAUCUGCCCAACGCGGCCCUAUCCCUCGGAUACGUCAACGCGUCGUGGACGCUCGGCGCUGACGCAUGCAUGCAGCUGACCUGUCGAAUGCUGAAAUUGCUCGAGAAGGGCGGACUCACCGCCGUUGUCCCUGUUCGUGACCGUGCGCAAGGGACAGAUGGGAAACCAAUGAUGAGCCUGUCUUCGACGUAUCUGGUGCGCGCGCAGAAGGACAUGCCUAGGGCGUCUGCAGCGAGGCCUUGGGUGGCGCGGACGGACUAUUUCUCGGAUAUGUUUUUUGGAAGGUAUGGGGAUGUUACUGCUGGGUUGGAGUUUGUUUAAUUGGUAACGUCUGUGUUCGUGGAUGUAGUGAUCUUGAUAAAUACAUAAGUACUAGCUGGGUUUUCGCUGCGAAUAGCCCAAUGCACCACCUAUUCGAAUUCUCGAGGUUUGAAC